AUGGAUAGGAAUACCUUUGGGCGUCUAUGUCGUAUUCUCCGUGACCGGGUAGGCCUAGUGGACCAGAGACAAGUGACUGUUGAAGAACAAGUGGCUAUAUUCCUGUGUGCGCUUGUUCAUCACAAAAAAUCCCGCAUACCCAUCCCAAUAGAUGAGGCUUGCACUGAUCGUAGAUGGAAAUGGUUCACGGGUUGCUUAGGUGCUUUGAAUGGGACUUACAUCAAUGUGCGUGUCCCAAUUGCUGACGUUCCCCGGUACCGUAAUCGAAAAGGUCACAUUACCACUAAUACACUAGUCGUGUGUGACCCCCAGCUCAGAUUCACUUACCUCCUUCCUGGCUGGGAAGGCUUGGCAGCCGAUUCAAGGAUUUUAAGGGAUGCAAUCAGCCGACCUUUAGGUCUGAAAGUACCCAAAGGAUGUUACUAUCUAUGUGAUCAAGCAUACCCAAAUGCCGAAGGUUUCUUGACACCGUACAAAGGUGUCCGCUACCAUCUCAAGGAAUGGGGGGUCGGAAGGCAAGCACCCCAAACACCGGAAGAGCUUUUCAACCUUAGAAACUCCAAGGCGAGGAAUGUCAUCGAAAGAUCAUUCGCGGUGCUGAAGAUGCGAUGGGGAAUCCUAAGGUCAACAAGCUUUUAUCCGAUAGAUGUUCAAACUGGGCUCAUAAUCGCAUGCUUUCUUCUACACAAUUAUAUACGAAGUGAAAUGGUAGUUGAUCCCGUCGAGGCUGAGCUGGUUAAUGAGGCUGAUAUUGAUGAUGAAACUGUCAACGAUCCUUUGUUAUAUGGUGAUAAUAUCAGUAGCGUGGAACCAUCGGCAUUAUGGACCCAAAAAAGGGAUGAUCUUGCAAUGGAAAUGUGGGGAGACAGAAAUAAUGGACAAGUUUGAAUGCCUAUGCAAAUGGACACCUUAUUCUUUUCAGUGUUGAGAUAGGUU